AUGUUCAAAUUUUAUUCUCGUAGUACAAUAUUUCAUCAUGAAACGAAUGAUAUUUAUGAUAAAUUUACAAAUUCUCAAACCAAUUCUAACAAUUAUUCCAUUUUUACUCAAUCAGAUCCAGAUAUUCCAUCACUAUUACAAACAACCACUACUUCUAGAAUUAAUUGUAGCUCGUGCGAAGUUGAUACUUCAGUAGGUGUUGGUUCUACUGUUACGUCAACUGCUUCAAAUUCACAACAUAGUAUUUUCAUUACUAUUACUUCAUCUGCUUUAACAACUGGUCCUAAUAUAAUAAAAUCACGCAAGACUUCCAUUUUCUUAAGUACAAUCACAAUAUUAAUUCCUGGUUAUACUACAACUUUUGAAAUAACUCAAAAUGGAAUAGAAACUUCCACUGUUUAUAUUCCUCCAAGUACUGUUGUUGUUGUUAAAGAAGCUACUGCAAAGAAGUAG